CACCAGCGAAAAGAGGAGUAGGAGCUAGAGACAGAGAAAUGAAGUCGCACUCUUCAAUCUUGCUGAUCAAGCUUCUGAUACUAGAAUAUCUCUCGCUUCUCUGUGUUUCUCAGGAUUUCGAUUUUUUCUACUUUGUUCAACAGUGGCCAGCAUCAUACUGUGACACACAAAAAAGUUGUUGCUACCCAACGACCGGGAAACCUGCACCUGAUUUUGGCAUUCACGGGCUUUGGCCUAAUUACAAGGAUGGCUCUUACCCUUCAAACUGUGAUCCUGACAGCCCCUUCAAUCAAUCUGAGAUAUCAGACCUCAGAAGCAGUAUGCAAAAGAGUUGGCCAUCGCUGGCCUGCCCUAGCAGCAACAGCAUAGGGUUCUGGACCCACGAGUGGGAGAAACAUGGGACAUGCUCAGAGUCUGUACUCGACCAACAUGGAUACUUCGAAGCAGCUCUCAACCUAAAAAAGAAGGCAAACCUCCUCCAAGCUCUUCGAAACGCAGGAAUACAACCAGAUGGGAAACUUUACAGCCUAGAGAGCAUCAAGGGAGCGAUAGAAGAAGCAAUAGGCUAUACUCCAUGGAUAGAGUGCAAUGUGGAUGUUUCGGGCAACAGUCAGCUUUACCAGAUCUACCUAUGUGUGGAUACUUCAGGGUCCGACAUCAUCGAAUGUCCUGUGUUUCCAAAGGGGAAAUGCGAUUCAGAGAUUGAGUUCUCUUCCUUUUGAAAAUGUGACAGAUCGAUCGAUCGAUGACUUAUAAUUAAUAUGAUGUACGUCUCUAUUUCAUAUUUUCAUCAAUCCAAAAUUAGUCCCUGUUUUGAUGACCAA